GCAUCAUCCCUCCCUUGUUCACGAGGAGAGUAUUUAGGCACAGGGUUCUAGUGUGCUACCUUUUACUGUAUGUGGAUAUUGAAUGUGUUGGCACCCACCCACUCAAGCUGCAUGUACAAGUCAUGUGUAUGUAGUAGCCAUAGCAAUAAUCAGCAUAUUUUGUCACAAUGAUGCACUUUUCAACUGCUGUCAUUAAUGGUUUUCUUUUCUCUUUUUGGCACACAUAAACACGCACACACCACACAUAUCAUGCACACACUACCUACACAUGUUGCCAUGCAUACGCCCCUCCCUACUGUACAGUACAUCUGACCUGGAGGCAUCCUAUUCUGGUACACAUCUCGUGCACUAGCCUGUGUAACUCGUAACUUGUAUGAUAGACAUACAUGUACAGUGAAACUUGUUCAUGUCGUGUCAUUACAGUGACCACUUUUGUACCCCCUAGUGUUAUCAAGGAAAUAGUCACAAUUUAUAAAGUACAUUGUUGAUAUUUGUAGAGAAAUGUACGUAAAUAUUGUGUGUGCAUAGUGUGUGUGAUAUUGUAUUGUUUUGCUAUAUUAUGAUGUAUCUGCCUUUACCGCACACCCUCCACCUUCCACACACACCACACCCCUCCCCACUGCACAGAGUGAACCACAGCAAGAAUGCCAUAGUGAAGCCUCAGGGCCCCACUGCCCAGGAGACCAAGAGGGACGUGGACGAGGCCAUGAAGAAGGUGAAAGAGACAAUGAUGGCUAUUGAGGCCAGUGUCGUGGUGCCAGAGGUAGAAGUACCUGUAGUCGCCACCAGAGGCCACCAAAGACAUGAUGAUGCUGAGAUUCCUACUGCAAUGUUCCUGGCAGCCCCAGCCAUUGCUCUGGCCAAUGGCGCUAGCAAACCAAUGGGUCACACUGCACCACCUCAGGACCCCACUUCCCAGGAGACCAAGAGGGACGUGGACGAGGCCAUGAAGAAGGUGAAAGAGGCAAUGAUGGCCAUUGAGGCCCGUGUCGUGGUGCCAGAGGUACAAGUACCUGUAGCCGCCAUCAGGAGGCCACCAAGGACAUGAUCAAGUUGCAGAUAUGCUAUGAUCGAGUGAGGGCCUCCUCCCUGCGUACACACAGUGGACCAGGAGGGGAGGGGACAGGGGCGGAGGUUGGGUACCCCCAGGAGGGUGCAGUUUAGUAGAGAUGUAGACUCUACUAACACUCACUCCUAGCUCUCCUAGAACCAGCUCUACAUGUAUAGUAUAGAGACAGUGUGUAAUUUUGAUCAAUGAUAUUUUUGUGGAUGUGUUGGGGGCGCAGCAUUUAAGGGAAAGUCCCAGCUUCCUCCCCGAGGCAAGGAGCUUUGCCGUGUCUUUACAAACCGGUGAUGAUGGGACUGGCCAGUGAGUCAUAUGGCUUUUAAAGGUGAUCCUGAGAUUCAGGAACAGAAAGG